UAUGUUAAUAAGGGGAAAAAUGUUCUGUAACUUCCAUAACAGAAUGAUCACAUGCGUUUCUCUUUUUCUUUCCUUAUAUAUGGACCAGGGAGUUGAACUAGGAAGUGAUCAGGGAUAGAAGGAUAGAAGUGAACAUGGCGAUUAAAGAAGAUGUGGAAGAUGGCACGCUGAAUGGAAUAAGAGAGCCACUUGUGGGUGAACAGAAGGACAAUGUUGUCCAAGCAACCAAAGGGCAUCCAUGGAUGGUUUACUUUAGUACAUUUGUUGCUGUCUGGGGAUCUUAUGAAUUCGGAACAUGUGUUGGAUAUUCAUCUCCCACUCAAGAUGCUAUCACAAGGGAUCUCGGUCUGUCUUUGGCAGAGUACUCCUUGUUUGGCUCCAUCUUGUCUUUUGGGGCAAUGGUUGGUGCAAUAACUUGUGGACCUAUUGCUGAUUUUAUUGGACGUAAAGGGGCAAUGAGAGUGUCCAGUGUUUUCUGUGUUGGAGGCUGGCUUAUGAUUUACUUUGCUGAGGGCCCACUUCCUUUGGACAUUGCGAGGAUAGCAACAGGGUAUGGAAUGGGAGUUUUUUCAUAUGUGGUUCCUGUCUUCAUAGCAGAAAUUGCACCAAAAGAACUCCGUGGGACUCUGACUACCUUAAAUCAGUUCAUGAUUGUUUCUGGUGUGUCAGUGUCGUUCAUAAUUGGAAAUGUACUUUCAUGGAGGGCUUUAGCUUUAACUGGCAUCAUUCCCUCUGCUAUAUUGCUUUUGGGUCUGUUUUUCAUUCCGGAGUCUCCGAGAUGGUUGGCCAAGAGAGGACGCCAAAAAGAUUUUGUGGCAGCACUGCAAAUACUUCGUGGAAAAGAUACUGAUAUAUCUGAGGAGGCAGAGGAAAUUCAGGACUAUAUAACUACAUUGGAGCAGCUUCCAAAAUCCAGUCUGCUGGAGUUGUUUCAUCGAAGAUAUUUGCGCUCUUUAACUAUUGGAAUAGGCCUUAUGAUCUUCCAGCAGCUUGGGGGCAUCAAUGGUGUUUGCUUUUAUGUCAGCAGUAUUUUUGACCAAGCAGGAUUUUCUCCCGCCAUUGGGACAAUAUCAUAUGCGUGCCUUCAGGUUGUGGUCACAGGUCUUGGAGCAGCCUUCAUAGAUAAAGCUGGAAGGAAGCCCCUUCUUCUAUUAUCGGCAUCAGGAUUGGUGGCAGGAUGCAUAUUUGCAGCAGUUGCAUUCUAUCUCAAGGUCCACGAGGUGGGUGUUGCGGCAGUUCCAGCACUUGCAGUCACAGGCGUACUGGUCUACGUAGGAUCAUUUUCAAUAGGAAUGGGAGCAAUUCCAUGGGUUUUGAUGUCCGAGAUAUUUCCUGUGAAUAUUAAAGGGGUGGCAGGAAGCGUGGCCACAUUAACGAACUGGUUUGGUUCAUGGUUAUGCUCCUACACUUUCAACUUCCUCAUCAGCUGGAGCUCCUAUGGUACCUUCAUUCUUUAUGCAGGAAUUAAUGCAUUCGCUAUAUUAUUUAUAAUUGUUGUGGUGCCCGAAACGAAAGGCAAGAGCUUGGAACAAUUACAAGCAGCCAUUAACUCAUAGAAGCAGAAGUUUGGUGGUGAUUUGCAUAACCGUGAGUUGGAAAUGAAAAGUUUAACGAUUGAAUCAUCACUAGGCAUAUUUUUUGUCGUAAUAGUUUGAUUCUGUGAUGACGAUUGAAUUUGUUCUUAAUGCCAAUGAUUCAGAAAAUAAAUUCCAGACAUUAAUUAAA